GUGUAACACAGUAACCCCGUGUUGUGGCCGUGGAUACCUCGCUACAGGGGUUGAACGCUGACACGGACUACGAAAAAGAUGAAAAUAUUCUGGUGUGGUUCGCGUUGCGUUUGUGGAGUUCGGAGUGGCGAGGAAAGCGUUUUGUUUUAUUCAACCUGGUUGAACGGGGAAGACGUAAUGUGUCCCAAACCAAAGAGUAAGUUAGUGCUGGGAAUGGAUAGGGUAGCAUAAGAGUAUAUAAUAGAUGCAUGUUUGUCUGCAAAUGGAAUGUGUAGGGUAAGCAUAAGAGUAUAUAAUAGCUCUUUAUUAACAGAAGCUUAGCUAGACAGAAACCGGGUCGGGUUCGAGCAGAUGUGAUCGGAGAAUUAAGGGACACAUUAACUGGAUCGUUAGCUGUCAGUCUGUUAUUCAAGUGGUGCAUGCAAUACUAUUUCACAGACAAGACUAGCAGCCCUCGUCGCUUUGCCAAAAAAGCAACCUAUUUCUCCGUGGGACGUUUUUUUUCGGUGAUAUAACCCAGUCACCAUGGAUAUAUUGGAGUGUCCGCUCUGCCUCUUCCUGAUGUGCGAGCCGGUGACCAUGGCGUGCGGCCACACGUUCUGCCGGAGGUGCGUGGGGGGAUACCUGCCGUCCAAAUGCCCGGUGUGCAAAGAGAGGUUAAAACAAAGAGACGUGAAAAGCAUGAAGAACAACAUCAUGCUCAUCAGCGUUAUCGAGAAGUGCUGCCCCGACGAGACAAAGACCAAGUGCCAAGUACAGGAGAAGCUAAAAUCCAACGACUUCACGGAAGCUUUACGCAUCGCCAACGAGGGGUUGGACUUAGUCCCACAUGAUCAGAGUUUGAAAGUGUACCGAGCUGAAGCUAACUCGGGCCUGAUGCACUUCUCUGAUGCUCUGACAGACCUCGACUACCUAUGCUGCCUUCGUCCUAACUGGACUGAGGGCUUUUUUCGUAAAGGGAAUGUUCUGCUGGAAAUGGGUCAGCAGACAGACGCCCUCAUCCAGUUCCACCGUUGCCUAAAACUCCAAGCUGACUUUGCCCCUGCGAAGAGCCAGAUCAAGAAGAUUCUGGAGGCAGAGGGACGGACAGUGCCGGAGGAGGGGUCCUGCAUCUUGCAAGUGGUGUCCGAGUACCUGAAAGGGACCUGCCCCAUUACCAGCCUCAGUGGCUCCCAGGGGCCAACUCACCCUGACAAACAGGCAUGUGGGGACGAUGGAGAGGGAAAAGGGAGGAGAGAAGCACACGAGGGUUCCAAGGUGAAGUAUGAUACGGGUACAGAGUGCUGCCUCAGCCUCUGCCAAGCUGUCUCCUUCCUCCCUGCUGCUGAAGAGGACGAGGAGAUGAUGAUGAGGAGGGAAGAUGGGCAUGGCCGGGGUGAAAGUGGUCACAGCAGGGUGGUCACUCUGAGUGUUCUCACCGUGUCAGACUUUGAGUGCCCUCUCUGCAUCAGGUUGUUUUAUGAGCCGGCCUCCACUCCCUGUGGCCACACCUUCUGCAAAAACUGCAUCGAGAGGAGUCUGGACCACAACAUGCGCUGUCCCCUCUGCAAACAGCCCCUACAAGAGUACUUCAAAAACAGGAAGUAUAACCCCACGGUUCUGCUUCAGGACAUCAUGACCAGUCUUUUCCCUUCGCAGCUGGCUGAGAGGAAACAGGUCCAUGAAACGGAGAUGGCUGAACUGUCCAAUCUAACUAAGGACAUCCCUAUAUUUGUGUGCACGGUGGCGUACCCCGGCGUGCCCUGCCCCCUGCACAUCUUCGAGCCUCGAUACCGGCUGAUGAUGCGUCGCUGCAUGGAUACUGGCACCAAAAAGUUUGGCAUGUGCAGCUAUGAGCAUGGCAAGGGGUUUUCAGACUUUGGCUGCAUGUUGGAGAUCCUCAGUCUGGAGGUGCUGCCUGAUGGACGCUCCUUUGUGGACGCAUUGGGAGUCAGCAGGUUCAAGGUGCUGAGGAGAGGUCAGCGAGAUGGAUACAGCACUGCUGAUAUCGAGUACCUGGAGGACCUGAAGGUUGAAGGCAGUGAGUUGGAGGUUCUGGAGGGUCUCCAUGACAGUGUGUACCAGCAGGCUCAGGACUGGUACCAGCGCCUGGCCGUCCGCAUCCGCGAUCAGAUCAGCAGGCAGUACGGCACCAUGCCAGAGAAGGACGAGAACAUUCAGGCCUCUUCCAACGGGCCGGCCUGGUGCUGGUGGCUGCUAUCCGUCCUCCAGCUGGACCCUGCCUAUCAAACCACCGUCCUGUCCCUGGCCUCCCUCAAAGACCGCUUGGGACACCUCCGCCUCGUCCUGGAGUACUUUUCUCAGAGCUAGACCCCCCUUAGUUCAGUGGUAUUGUGAAAAUGAUAAACCAAUGAAUCCAUACACACAGAGAUUGGAGCUGGGUCUGCCCUGCAUCACCAAAUAAUGUGGUUAAUAGCAGAAAGAAAGUGAUUUUAUCACAUUACAGUUGUACAUUUGGCUGUUUUGAAGUUUACAUGUGUUAUAUGUCUUACACCGUCUUUUAUUCCAUGGGUUCAGAGUAUUUCCUGAACACACGUUGUACAUGGCUGACCAAAGAUGCUUCUUACUUAGGUUGAUCGAAGGUGGUGAAUUAUUAUUUCUUGAUCAACUAAAUCAGUUUGAAAGACUAAGCACUAGGUGUCACUGUUUUUUCUCUCAAUUGUAAACAUGAGGAACAUACAGCGUCAGCCAAGCCAAGCUGUUACAGUAUGUGUUGCCUAUUCAAAUCAGACUCCUGCAUUAACAUAGCCUGAUUUGGGAAUUAACAUUAAUAGCACACACACUUUGUAGAGAUUUAUAGACAAAUAUUUCAGCACUAUGCACAUCAUUAUCAAAGUGAUUUAGAUAUUAGCCAUAGGGCACUGCUUGUAAUUCUGAUAAUUUAGUUGCAUCUAUUGGCUUUGGCAGCCAUUGACUAUGGCUCAUUUUAUACGAUUUAAUAACCUUAAGAGAUCCCUAUUUAGUAUUAGACAUUGCAAUAAUAAUUUGUAAUUUCACAUGAAAAGGCAAUGACUGGAGGAUUUUUUUAAUAAUGAGAACUUCUGCUGGGUGACUUUCAGGAUUUGUCAUCAAGUGCUGGGAAAAGUCUGUGAAAUGAUGACAUUGAGGAGAUCAGUGAAUGGUAGGCUUGCUGUACCAGCUUUGUUUUACAGUAUAAACCUGUGUGAUGAUGCAGCACUGUAUGUAUGUGUGUCAGCUGUAAAUAAGUAAUUUUCUUUGGA